CGUUGCCCGUAGCGGCGCGUAUCCUGUGCUGGCGUCGUCUGACGCGCAGUCGCGCGCUGGCGGAGUUUGCGCGCCUGGCUGCAGUGCCUGCUUCCUAAUACCGCUGACAACUACGCGGGCAUUGCAGUUUCUGCGACGAUUCGGGUGUCCCUAGUGCGCGGAUCGGCCGCACGUGCUUUUCGGCGUGGUGGUGGUUCUGAGGAACCCGUGCGUGUGUUUGUUUACAUUACGACAUCAUGCGUGCUUGACUUCGCUGGGCGCCCGAGGAGGGCUUUCGUCUGCAUCUGCACGUAGAGGAGCUUCCUUCCUUGCCGAUUGGGGAUAACCUUUUCUUCGUCGUGUUCAAGGCGAGAAGCGACGGCGGUGUUUGUGCCAGUGAUUCGCAGCGGCCGACUGCGCGCUUGUUGCUAAGGGUGGUCGACCGACGUCGUCUGCUGCGAGCUGUCAACUGCGGCGUUGUUUGUCGUCUGCUUGCAGACCGUCGUCGGCGUAGAGGGGAUCGCGUGGUGUAGUCGUUCGCUGUGUAAUUGUGAAGUGACAAACAAGUCGCGGCCUACACUUGAAAAAAGAAUGCGCGGUAACCUCGGAAAAGUUUCGCCUUUCGUGUCAAUCCGUGUUCGCCUGAGGAUUACAACGCCCAUCGUGACCAUUCAGUGCCCGCACCGCGACGUCGACUGAGAUUUGACCUUUCAUCGCAGCUCAACGGUGCGUCAGGCGGGUCAGCCGCCGAAUACUCUGCCGUCCGGCUGACUGGGCGGGAAACGUGGUCCAUACAACUUCUCGCCGCGAGGACCCCGACACAUUACCACGGACGUAACGGGCCGCCGCCACUUGUGAUCCUCGCGCGGUUGCUGUCCGCAUUGCAUGGCAGCCGUCGUCUCCGUCUCAAAGGGACACACAUUUUCUCCUCCUCCUGAAAGUUCUGGACACAGAAUCUGCCAGUCGAGAAGGUUUCCCGGGGCUGCCGCGAGAGGCCGCUGCCCGCGCCAGCGUCCUCGUCGUGCAUGCGGCGCCAGCCCGACUGCGGUGCGGCGACGGCGGCGCUGCCGGCGCCUGCGUCCCGCCGGGCGGGCGGCCCUAACCUCGGCCCCGGGUCGAUGCUAGCGGCGCUGUCGUGCCGGGGGCCCGAGAGUAAGGCUCCCUCCUCGAGCCCCUUGGCCGCCGGAGCUGCCGGGCCGCCGAGCCUGGCCGGCGGGCUUACCCCCAUGGCGCACCACCCGCCCGCGGAAGAGCGCCUGCUGCCCAACGGGAACGUGUGCCACUUCGCCGGCUGCGGAUGCGCCGACGGCGUGUCCGGCGAGAUCCGCGCCGCGCUCAAGGAGUGCGUCUCCAACAUGCGCCAGCAACAGCAGCUGCAGCAGCAGCAGCAGGAGCAGCAGCACAGGCUUCACCAACAGCACCACCACCACGGCCACCAGCCGCAGCAGCAGCAGCAGUCCGGCGGCCAGUGCGGCUGCCCCGUGCUCCUGCGCGGCGCCUGCGAGCACCAGGCCCGUCCGGCGGCGAGCAACAACGCCGCGCCGCCGCCGGCGCCCCUCAAGUCGCUGCUCAAGCGGGCCUCGACCACCCGACCGCGGCGGGGCUCGCGCGUCCGGUUCAGCGACACGCUGACCGUCUUCUCGGAGGACUACCCGGAGGCGCAGCUGUACGUGAUUCGGACGGCCGAGCUGACUUUCGCCGAGGUGUGCGCCAUGUACGAGCCGCCGCCCGAGUACCGAGACCUGCCGCCGUUCGACCCGCCCGACGGCUACCGGGACGACGCGUACCUGCUGCCAUUCCUCAAGGAGGCGCGCGCAGCCGCGGCCGCGGCGCGAGCGGCAGCCGCCGCAGCGACCGCGUCUCAGCAGGCAUCGCAGGCCGGCAUCCCGGCAGCAUCAGCUCAGGUGGGUGCGCAACAGCAGCAGCAGUCGCAGCAGCAACCGCCACCGCAGCAACAGCAGCACCAGGGCUCCACGCCGCACGCUCAACCCACGCCGCCGACGCCCGUCCAGAUCAGGGUGGUCGAGCGGCCGCCGCCUCCGCCGCCACCACCGAGAACGACGCCCGUGGUGACUGUCCCAGCGGUGGUCGGCGGCGGUGCGGAGGAACGCGGAAGCAGCAAGGUCGAGGACGAAACGCAGCUGCCUCCGCCUCCGACGGCCGAGAUCUUGGAGGACCUGGCCAAGAAGGCUGCUCUCGAGGAAGCUCAGCGGAAGGGUGAAAAAGACACCGGCACCCAGAAACGUGGCGAAGAGGUCAGGAUCGAUCAGGAACGGCCGCCGGCCGCCGACGUCAAGACUACGACGGCCGUGGUAAUUGUGUCGGCCGACGACGGUGGUGGCGGCGACCGGACGACGCCCGAGGACAACGACGUGAGAAAGGUGAUCGUGGUGGACGAGGAGGACGACGACGUCAAACGGCGGGAAGAGUCGUCGCCCGUGUUGCCCGAGGACGAGGACGACGCCAUCCUGUUGGAGUUGAAGAAGCAGCUCGAGUGCAACUCGAGCGGCGACAUCGAGGCCGACCUGGCCGAGCUCCUCCCUCCGGGCCUCAUCGUGGACGACGUCUCGAGGAAGGCGGUGGACGACGUCAUCGACCUCAAGGUGAGCCGUCAUCGGCCGACGGUGGAAGUGCGACCGCUGAGCUUCAGGCAACCGGUGUCGGUGGCGACGACGCCGGCGUCGCCGGCCGCCACCACUCCCUCGACCGCGAGCUCGACGCCCGACGAACGCCAGGAAGACAGCGAUUCGAGCGCCGACUCGCAGGAUACCAUCAUCCUGAUGACGAACGAGGAGGAGAAGAAAGCGGAAGAGGCGAACGAACACCGCAGCGCCGGCGGGUUCCGGCACAAGCUGCUCAUCAUCGGCGACAAGAGUCCGUCGGACACGAGCUCGGUGUCCAGCUCGGCGUCGCAGGACAGUGACGGCUCGUUGCGCUCCUCCGAGUCCACUACCAACAGCGAAGACCGGACAGAGUCGCCUACGGGCUCCUCCGGCAGCAGUAGCGGUGGCGGCGGCGGCGGAGGCCGCGGUCACGUCGUCGAAGACGACAUCUACAACGACGACCUCGACGCCCUGCUCGAGUACGGUCCGCACUCGAACCUGCAGGUGCGGCGAACCAUCGAGCGGACCGCGAUGCGCCGCAGCCUCACCCGCGUCACGGACGUCCGCAAGAGGACGCCCACCAACCUGGCCAAGUCGCCGACGUCGAGCAACGACGUGUCGCUCGUCGAGAAACUGCGGUGGCUCACGUCGCUCGACGACGACGACGACGACGGCUGCAGCGACGACUCCGAGGCGGCGACCGACAGCAACCACCACCACCAUCACCACCACCAGGGACCGCCCCCGCCUCCGCCGGUGGCGCGGAGGCCUCCGCCGGACCCGGGCUUCGUGCAGGACGCCGGCCGGUUGCUGCCCGGCUACCCCCGCGGGGGCCUCAACGGAGCCUUCCAGCCGCGGCCGGCCUCGUUCUCGCAGCUGAGCGACGCCUGCCGAGGGUCCCUGACCAUGCUGCCGGUGGCGGCCCGGGACUACCGCAUGGUCCGGCGGGUGCCGGGCGAGAACCACCCGCUACAGAACACCGGCGCCGCGAGCCAACGGGCGCAGCCGCCGCCUCCGCCCGUGCGACGGCCCGCUCCCCAAGGGAGCGGCGGCGUCGUCGGCGUCGUCAACAACGCCAAGGACGCGCCUCCUGACGAGCUGGAACGCUUCGUCCAGCAGGACAUGGAGCGCACGGAACGCAUCCGCAAGCGGUACAGCCUUAGUGAAGAGGACGAAGACCCGUCGUUCGGGUUCGCCAGGAGACCGUCCGUGCGCGGCAUCCGGGCGCGGUUCGGCUCGAGCGCCGAGCUCAUGAAGGACGUGCAGCAGAUGAUGCAGCACCACCCGGCCAUGAGCAUGCCGGGCAGCCACCUGUCGUGGUCACACCCCGUCGAGCUGCCGCCGCCCAACCACAAGACGCCGCAGCAGGUCAAGGUGAUGCUGCUGCCGCGCGUCGCCGAGGAGGACACCGGCCGCAACUACGGCUCGGCGGGGGACAUCGCGACGCUGACGCGGUCGCGGCGCGCCUUCCAACCGGCGCCGUCGCCCGUGCCUCCGCCGCCCUCGUCGUCGUCCCUGUCGGCGGGAAAGGACGAGAGGGGAGUGCCCGAAGGUGCCUGCUCGUCGCCCAAGGUGUCGUCCGAGCCGGGCUACCAGGGACAGCAGCAGCAGCAGCCAAAGAGCGGGCCCGUUCCCGCGCCUCCGGGGGUGCUUCCUUCCAUGGCAUCCGCCGGUCCGGAGGCGACGCCGCCGCCACCUCCUCCUCAGGGUGUUGUGUACUACUCCCUCAACGUCUGACCCGCCGCCAACAUGCCGACCGAGGUGCCCAAAACACAUAACUGACUCUCGAAGUGAAGAAACGAGGGAAAGGGUUUCUUCUGCUUCACGAGUCGCCUCAUCAACGCUUCGUCAUUGCCUCACGAGCGAACUCGCUGGUCGGAGUUCCGCUGCCCUGUGUGCACGCCAUCGACAAAUGGGAGGAGACGUUUGAGAGGAACGCAACCAGUGACAGAGAGGGAAUGGACAGCUAGCAAAAACGGAGAAACAAAACAAACAAAACAGGGACCUGCGGUGGUGCGGUGCAAACACUUUUCUUCGGCGCUGUGCGCGUUUUUGUUUGUUUGUUUGUUUUGUUGUGUGUGCCUGUUUUGUGAGUGAGCGCGCGCGCGUGACGGCGUGUGUGUCUGUGUGUGAUGUGUCCGUGGCAAAGCGGCCGAUCCUCCUCCUCCCGGCGCAGCGGAGUUGGGAGGGGUCGACAUCUUCCUCUCGAGUCCUCCUUCUUAAAGACAAAAGCCUUCCUGUGAGUCACAUGAGCCGCACGACCCGUUGGCGGCUGUACCAUUUCUUCCAAAGACCUGCCGUUCAAACCACGUGCGUCAGCGGAUACGGGCAUGACCACUGGGCUGCCCUUGUGUCUCUCCUCUCGUUUCCUUUUUUUUUUGGCUCUCACGUUCUCCGCGCUCUGAGGAUUUAGCUAAGCUUAAACCCAGGUACAGGUGUCUAGAUUGCAGUUCAGCCAGAAACGUCAUGGCAUCGCAGCAGUAGCCGGCAAUUCCGUGUGCUCCGUGGUGCUCGUUCUUCGGUGAUAGAUUGCAUUUGCGAAAAAGAAAAAGAAUAUUAUAUAUAUACAUAUAAAUUUAGUCGUACUCCAGAGUUCUUAUUUCUUAAAUUCUUACUUCGCCCGGCCACGGAGCGAACUAUGGGGUUGGCGAGCUAGCUUUGCAGAAGUACACGAAAUUGUAUUCAUUCGAUCGUCUGCCUUAUACUGCCUGUAUCAAGAACGCACCGUCAUUCACCGUGACAAUUAAAAGAAUUGUUCUGCUAUUACCUCGCGAUGUACCACAUAUGAAAGAUGUGAAUGAGAAUGCGUGACUAAAGGCUUAUCGUGAACUAGAUGCUAGCCCCAGCACGCGACUCUUACACGGCACAGCGCCAGCUUCGUCAAAGCUCGGAGUGUAAGGCUGCUUUUAACUGUCUACCUCGAAAGCAAUCUCAAGUAAACGUUCUCCUUUCAUCACUUUUUUCAUCACUGGCUGCCGAAACACCUUACCGCGGAGCACUGACUCGUACAGCUCCAAAAAUGGUGGGCGACCAUAUGAUUUAGACGCCAAUAUUACAGGAAAGCCUUCCGCGCAGGACUAUGUCUAGAGAGCCUCUUUUUUUUUCUGAUACAUUCGUUACGGUGCUACAUAGAAUGCGGCAGGGCUUCAGUUCUGCCAACGGCUGCGUGAAGUUCUGCUGCUGCAGAUGGCGCUGCGCAUAGAAAAAAAAAAGCUGCUCCUAUUGGGGUGAUUUUAAGGUUAGCUUCUUCUCACAGGGGAAGUGUGUCCUCUGUACACGGGUUCUAGCGCGCGCAUUGGUCUUCUUUCUUAGAGCGCGGGGAAAGGUGUCGUAGCCUUGUUCUUUUGUCUCGCUAGUUACGUGCAGUGCUGCGGCAGACAGUACCGCUCCAGGCGCAGAAGAGAGCAGUCCCUAGUCCAUGAAGACGCAUGACUGCGAGAUAUUCGACCCAAAAAGAGCGAACUAGUCGGCAACAUGGAACUUGAUUGCGUACCUCUUUUAUGUCAUUUGAGAAACACCGAAGAGAAAGGGAGCCAUUUUAACCAGAAGAGCAAAUCUGGUUUGCUACCCUACACUGACGGGAAGGAGGGAGGGAGGGGAGAUAAAAAGAUAAGCAGAAAGUAACUAUUUUGACAGCAGAUAGUCUAUAAUGACCGAGUGAUGAAGAAAAUGAACUGGCAUUAUAUCAGCCGCCGGAGCGGUAAGUAGUUUCAAGCAUGGGCGUGGUUGGUCGCCGUGGGUCCGUACUCUCGGUCGACAACUUCCGAGGAAAGGCGGUGCGCGUGAUUGGCUGCACCCUCCAAAAGCGGAUGUGACGAAAGGAGUGACGCUGCAAACGUGAGCGCUAUUCUCACGUCGCGUUUGUUUCGCCCGAGUUCAUUUGACAAGAUGACCGUCGCCCCAGCGAGGCGCGGUUUUGCUGGACCUUACGUCACUCGCACAAAUGUGAAAAGUAUGAGCGCCCGCGAGUUAUCGACCGAGGAUGCGAACCCGCACUUCUCGAUUUGACGCCCCGAUAUCAUCGCUCGCAGCAUUGCACCAAACUAGCCAGACGGAGCGUGCGUAGUCCUUUGGAGUGACGCUCACCAUACCGCGUCACAAGGCUCAAGCCAAAGCAUAAGAGAGAGAGAGAGAGAGAGAGAGAGAGAGAGAGAGAGAGAGAGAAACACAAAACAAACUUGGAGGUGCCAGGGUGCUUCAACUCAGAUGUUUUCGCUUCCCUUCUCAAGAGUCUGUGAAUCUCACCCGCCGGUUGCGGCAGUGGGCUACCGCGCGUGCGUGUGUGUGUGUGUGUGUGGGUGUGUUUUAUUUUAUUUUACUUUUUUUUGCCGCCUUGUUGCUGUUCCGGUCUGUGGACAAAGAUCGCUCUUUGGAUCCCAAGACCGCGUUGGCCUCUAUAGAGAUUUUUAGGCAUUCGAUUGUGUACAUUUGUUGUGCACCUUCACUACCCCCCUUGCUUCCCCCCCUCUCCCCUCCCAAACUCCAACUCUUUUUUUUUCUGUGAACUUUUGCGACCAGAGAGUAUAGGCCUAGGCUUUCGCGUUGGGCCUCUAGGGAAUAAGAAAAAAAAAGUACACUCUAUAUUUCCUAAUAGAAAGCUUAUACUAUAUGUAUAGUGAAGUAUCAGAUGUUUUACCGAGGAGCACCUUCUAGAGGUGCGGGCGACCCCGGGGUUAGAUAGGCGGGGAAGAGAAGAAGGUUCAAAAGAUUGACGUUCGAGAAGGGCCAAAGAUUGCGUGCGCUGUCUUGGCUUCUUGACGCUAGCUCAAGUACGUCCAUAACUUUCUUGUACUCUCUGUCUGUCUGCUUUGCGUUCUGUUGACACUACACUCUGUCGAGGUGAAAUCACGCUGCAUUGCGGAAACCUGAAGUGGAGUCAGUUUGUGAGCAGGAUUGACCGAUUUCAGAAAACUGUUUCGCUCUAAAAAAAGAAAGGAAAAUGAAAAUAGGAUUUUCUGAAGGAAGGAAAAGUGAAUAAAAGCGCACACUUGUACAAGCGAUGGGACGAAGAAAUGCGCCAAAGGACUGUGCUUACUCGUCGUGCUGGUAAUAUUAACCUUUUCGUCAUCGCGGCAUACCAAAAGUGGCGUUGGCGUCGUUGUUGGUAUCGGUUUCUACGCUCUUGUAACGGUGACCCUCGCUUAAGGGUCACAUUCUCAGUUUUUUUUUGUUUCAGCUACAAGCAGCAGUUAGAUCAGUCAAUGUAGUUAUUAGAGUCGGCAUAGAGUGAAGGCAGCCUAUAGAAAGAAGUGCGUUGUAAAUUAUAUUGAGCAUAAUACGAAUAUCUAACGCUGAAAGCGGUUGUACCCCGAUAAAGCCCAGCGAUGCCUAGCGUUUCUUAAAGAUAUUCCUUUUCAAUUGGGCGCAGCGUUUUCCCACGCUUGCAGAUCAGCAAGGAAAGGCAUAAGGAACUAUGCGUUUUUACAGUGAUGGGACAUCGUAGACGACAGCACAGUUACCCGCCGUGGUUGCUCAGUGGCUAUGGUGUUGGGCUGCUGAGCACGAGGUCGCGGGAUCGAAUCCCGGCCACGGCGGCCGCAUUUCGAUGGGAGCGAAAUGCGAAAACACCCGUGUGCUUAGAUUUAGGUGCACGUUAAAGAACCCCAGGUGGUCAAAAUUUCCGGAGUCCUCCACUACGGCGUGCCUCAUAAUCAGAAAGUGGUUUUGGCACGUAAAACCCCAAAUAUUAUAUUAUUACAGCACAGUUAAGAAAUUCCGGCAGGCCCGUUGUGGCUGAAAACUUACUUCAGCAGGAUGCGUGUCUGUAGAACAUGCACGUCAUAUCUUGCUUAAGAACAACACUGCGAAUUAGCUGGUGCUUCCUCUGGCUUCCGCAAUGCUGCGUGUUCUUUCUUUAACUGAACUAAGCAGGGUGUGUGACUUGGACUUUGGCUGUGCAAAAUGUGAAUACCAGGGUCGUAAAACAUCCUAAAGCGGUCGGUCAGUGUCUGUAUAGCACCCUUCCAAGAGUGGCGGUACUUAUCGAACGUGCGAAUUCAAAGUUUGCAAGAGGAUGGCGGUUUCGAAUCGCGAAACUCUGGCAAAUGAAAAAUUUCCAAUGUGCUUCUCCAUGUUUAAGGCUUCCUCACAGGAAAAUACAGCGAGAUUAGAGCGUGUAAUCGCAUAAUUUAUUUUACCCGAAUAUUGCCCGGUGUUAUCUAUUUAUAGGCGCUUAAUUUCGCCGUAGCGUACUUUGGGCUUUGUGACAGAACCCUGACGAAAAAAAAAGAGGUAAAUGUUGGGCAAGGCAAUAGGGGCGGCAAAAGAGACAGUUUGUAACAUUACUUUUUGUUUCGGCGCUUAUACCGACUUAUGCGCAAUUUCAGAGUUUCUAGUUGCGCGUAGAAUUCUGCGCUACGAGCUUAUUAUGUUCGCGGUAUUACAGCUCUAAAUGAUAUAUCAAAGUUGCUAUUUUUCCCACACUCCUCACAAGCCCAGCUAGCUCCCACUUAGCUGUUGAAAUGUAUAUAAGAGGCAAGCUGCGCUCAAAUGAAUUAGACACGGCAUGUGGCUGCAAUAUAGAUUAUGGCACGAAUCUUCAGGUUAUCCUCGCAAGACGAAGUGUUGCUUGGAACGCGCAGAUUUGCAAAGGAAAUGCGUGAGAAGAAUGGUGGAGACACUCUGUAUAGUCCGACGUGAGCGAUUCGACUAUAGUAUUUGUUUUUGUCUAAGCUUAGACGAAGAAGAGUUCUCGCAAAAGUUCCUGCCCAAACGAUGACGCCGAAGAGCGACUCAACCUUUGGCACCGGUUUCGUCGCAAACUCAAGUUAAAGAGAGUAAGAGCGUAGGAGACGGGAAAGACGGAAGGAAACGGACGAAGUGCCUUCCGAUCUUACUGACCCUUACGCUGUUAUUCUUUUUAUCUUCAGCAUGUACCAACCGGCCAAAGUCAGCACUCUAUUGCAGUUCGUCCUGGCUUGGAAGUCAACACGUCUGCCUGUGCCUAGACGUUGGCGGGACUUGAUUUUUUCUAGGCCUUCAAGAGGGCUUGCGUUCGUGUAAGCUUAGACGUUCUUGUAUGAAGGCACUUCUCCGUUCCCAAACGUGAGGGCUUGUAUCAGCCCUCGAAGAGGGUUUGUUUUUGCCUAUCCAUGAACAGGAAUUGACUUCGUUAUCGACUUAAACAAAGACAAGUCUUCCUGUCGAAACGUUGAGCCCGAUUGCAGACGUCCCCGAAGCAUUGCCUUCGUUUAAACCCUAUAGCAGAGGACGCGUGUGUCUUUGCCUAGAAAUGGCUUGCGUUCACGUAAACCUAGACGUCCUCCUCUAAAGACAAGCCGUCUUGCACCAAACGCAAUAGGUUAUAUUAUCGUGCACCUCGAAGAGGGCCUGUGUUCGUUUACAUUUAAAACAGUACUUGACUUCAUGUACACUUACAAACUUAAAACGAAGGCAGCUCUUCUUGCCAAAGCGUCGACACAGAAUUGAGACCUCCCCAAAAAGCUUGUGUUCGUCCAUGCCUCGAGGAUGGCUUGUCUUCGCCUAACCCUCGAAGACAGCUCGUUUCCAUCGAUAGGCCCUGUUAGAGUACUUGCCUUCGCGUUAGCCUACGCUCGUAUAGGCUUCGAUGAAGACAACGCAUCUCGCCGAAACGUUGUCGACUGACUGAGGGUGUCUCCUCACGAUUGCUCUCGCACAUUUCCUGAAUCUCCGGGCUGUUUGACAAAAGUUACGUUGUUGUUGUUUAGGCCUCGAUAGUGUUUGACGCCGCCGACCGACUGCGUGUUGUACGAGUUCCGCGCCUGCCGUCAUUGUUUCUUCCGGAGAUUCUUUUUUUUUUUUCUCGUUGAUGUUUAGGCUGGUGGAUGUACCAAAGUCUUUUAUACACGUUGAGUCGGAGCCUGUAUCGCUGCAGCUGCGGCCGGUAGAGGACCGCGACCCUAAUAAAUGCCUAAGUGAACGAGCCCGGUCCGCAGAAACUUUCCAUCUUACGGGACUCCUUGUCGAUGUUUCCUUCCCGACGUGCCGAACGACAUGCGCCGGCCAAGUUCAUUGAAUUAAACAAAAAAAAGCGCGAAAGAAAGUUAGCACGGCCCAUGUUGUGUUUUAGUACAAGACGAAGUACGUGUACAUUAUUAUUAAGAGUCUUUUUUAUAUAGAGUAAAUGUCGAGACAAAUAAGAAGCCUGUGUAUAUUUGCGUGGUUGCAGGGGCGGUGCCAUUUCGGCGCCGGCUUUUCUUCCUCUCACAACGUUGACUGUCUGUCGUGCGCCCCCGUUACUGUGAACACCUUGAGAACCGUCGCGAACGUCGACUGAGUGCUCGUCUAUUUUUUUUUCUUUUUUUUAUAUGCCAGGCUAGGUGAGGAUGCUAUUGAGAGACAAAGACGCUUGUUCGUUCACGCCGGCGGAAGCAGCUUUGUGUUGCCAAUUGCGAUUUGGUUCACUUAGAGAUCUAUCACGUGGCAUGCGCGUAACGGGUGUGGCCCUUGGUUAGCGAGCCUUGUCUUACAUCAGAGGAACUGUGAUUGGAUGGCGCGCGUUUACAGACCAGCCAGCACAGUGAAUGAGUAAUUAAGGAGACAGUAAUAAAGCUAUAAGGACGAGGAAUGGGGUUAAGAAAGCAUGACAAGGUGCUGGGGGUUUUCCAGUAGGCUAGCUGGUAUACAUGAGAUGCUAAUGUACCAAGUUCUCGAGGCAAUGGUAAAAAAAAAUAGUUAGGAAUGUUUUGUGACUGCUACUGCAUUAGUCUCAUAAAAUGGCCAGGCCUUCCUAGCUGUGCUGUUUCGAACGCGCUUGGCCUGCCCUCUCAACUCAUUCGUCGGAUGGAUGCCUGCUGCACUUCAGAAAAAAUCACCAGACGCCACCAUAACUGUCAUUUUUAAAGGCGUAUCGUGCUCAAACUUGCCUCAACGGGACGUAAGACAAGCUGCACCGGGAAUAAAAGAAAGCAACUGUAAAAACUAGCUUGCGCAUAACUUUGAACGGCAGCGUGACGUAACUCCAAAGAGCGGCGGCUCACAAAUAAGACCCAGACGUCUGGCACGUGCGAACAAGGAAAAGAAUAAAAAUAAAGCGCUGUCGUAUUGCAGCUUCGUGUAGGGUAGCUUUGACAAACUCGACGUCAUCGAAACUUUGCGAGCCACCCAUAACGCACGGCGUGUAAUUUAUAGAAUCGAGCGCAUACACCAGAGACAGGCCGUUGUGCGAGGAGUAUUUCAGUCGGAUUCAGGGCAGCGCUCGUCAGCGUUUCGCGGUUCGCCUGUUCGAACGCCCUGCCCCUGUGGGAGUGCAGGCGGAGUCAAUGUCUGGCCAUCGUUAAGCCAACGUUCUGCAAUGUUGGACCAAAUGUGACCAAAUGUUGGGAUUACACCGAGCAUGCCUGUGUGCUUCGAGAGUAUACAGCUCCAUGACGGGGGCGUAUUUUCAGCCCUCUGCCAGACGCGUCUCUCUUUUCUUUCUUUCUUUUUCAUUACUUCGCUGAAAUUAUAUAAGCGUGUUACACGUGCCGUACGUUGGGCCGGAACCGUUGCGUUUCGUAUCUCGCAAGUUUGGCUGUCGCGUUUUCGUUGCUAUCUGUUGACGUGCUGUUUACAAGCGCUUCCAACCACGGCUUCGCACAAGAACUGAAGAAACGGCUUCCAGUGCACGUCACGCUUAUAGUGCUGACAAAAAAAAGGUCACGCUGCCAGCUUUUACCUUUCUGUUUUGUGAAGGGUUACACGUACGAAGUGUUCUGCGCGAUUACUUUCCAGACCAAAGAUUAUUGACUGAGCGCCAACGUUGCCGGACAUGGGUGCUCAUCUUCAGGAAACUUGUAAAUCUUUGUGUAAAACGCUAUGUGUGCCGCGCCUUGUUUACGAAGACUGUGACUGUCACGUGCCAGAAGAUGUUUGCCUGCAGAAAGAAACUGUCUGUGAGUUCGAAGCGAGUUUCCUGUUCUCCUUUUUUUUUCAAAUGGAGGUUGAAUUUUUCUUGUAUAUUUAGAGUGAAGACACCAGACAGCGACCUGUUAUAGUUUCUUCCGAUUCCUUUGUGGCGAUGUGGUUGUAGAUGCGCAAGUGAUGGCUUUGGAACAUGUUGUUGUCUGUUUGACUAAAGUUUUGUCUGUUAUUUCUUCGACCA